AUGUUUCUUUCGAACUCUCUCAGUGCCCUGGAUCGUAGGUAUGCAGACCUCACUGAAGAUCAGCUGCCCUCCUGUGAGAGUCUGAAGGACACUAUUGCCAGAGCUCUGCCCUUUUGGAAUGAAGAAAUAGUUCCCCAGAUCAAGGAGGGGAAACGAGUACUGAUCGCAGCCCAUGGCAACAGCCUUCGGGGCAUUGUCAAGCACCUGGAGGGUCUCUCCGAGGAGGCUAUCAUGGAGCUGAACCUGCCGACUGGCAUUCCCAUUGUCUAUGAAUUGGACAAGAACUUGAAGCCCAUCAAGCCAAUGCAGUUCCUGGGUGAUGAAGAGACCGUGCGUAAAGCCAUGGAGGCUGUGGCUGCCCAGGGCAAGGAAUUCUGGCUCUAG